GGAAAUGCAUAUGUGUGUGUGCCCGUAUGCGCGCACACGCCUCUCCUCCUCUGAACGAGCUGGGAUUUGAAAGUUGGAGCUGCCAGGGAACCCCGUGUGUGUUUGGACGCUGUGUUGUUUUCUUUCACACACUCGUAAGGAAAGUGAAUGAAGGCGACUGCUGUUUCACCUCCUGGACGCCCCUGAGAUUGUGCCGGUGCGAUGGAUGCAGAGGUGGUCCUGCAGGAGGAGGACAUGGAGGGCUCGUGGACGUUGCUGUCCUGGCUGGCGUCCUUCUUCAUGGUGUUCGGCGGAGCUCUGCCUUACAUCCCGCAGUAUCAGGAGAUCCAGAGAUGCAGCAACACCGAGGGUUUCUCCACCAGAGUCUGCUUUGUGCUGCUCAUAGCCAACAUACUACGCAUAUUCUUCUGGAUUGGGAAGCAGUUUGAGAUGACCCUGCUGCUUCAGAGCGUGGUGAUGAUCCUCACCAUGUUUGCCAUGCUCCACCUCUGCUGCACCGUCCACAACACCAACCGGGUGAGCACCAGGCAGCACCGACUCUCAGACUUGAACUUUCAGUACUUCUGGAAGUGGAGUGCGUUCGAGGACUACCUGCUCUUCUGCUUCGGCUUCACCGUGCUGUGUGCAGUGGUGACGCUGCUGCUGCUGGACUCGGCUGUGUUCGUGGAGACUCUGGGCUCGCUGGCUCUCAUGUUCGAGGCCAUGCUAGGACUCCCGCAGCUGCUGCAGAACUUCGACAACCGCUCCACCAAAGGCAUGAGUGUGAAGAUGGUGCUGCUGUGGACGGCCGGUGACGUCUUCAAGACCACCUACUUUGUGAUGAAUGAAAGUCCGGCUCAGUUCUGGGUCUGCGGCUCCGUCCAGAUCAUGAUCGAUGUGUCCAUCCUGCUGCAGGUGUUGCUUUACAACCAAGACUCACGGGUCAAACUGGGCUGACCUGUUAGGAUGACUAGCGUACAAGCCAGAGCUUUUUUGUAAAAAAUCUAUUUUAGUAAGUAUGAGGACUAGAAACCCUUUAAAAAAAAUCUGCUGAUAGAGAUGUCAAGGCAGACGUUUAGUGCCAGAAUAUGGAGAAACCAAACCUCUUUUUAGUGUUUAGCCUUCAGAAGAGUAUCUUGCAGAACCAGCCAAGUUACCUCCAAGUGCCAUUAUACCACCAAUUUAUACUUGAAAAUGCUCGUUAGCAUCUUUAAUCAAGCCCUAAAAACUAAAUUUCUUUGCCUUACGUAUGAUAAGGCAGCAUUUAGGUGCAUUUUAAAUGUUUUGUACUAUUUAUUUUGUCUCUGUGAAUGAUUAUGUGCACUCCUGAAGUGCAGUGGACAUGGAAACUGUAAGAGGGAAGCAUUAUUCAGGUUGGCAGCAGAUCUGUAACAACCAGCCCUGCACUGGAAUCUGCUGCCUGACGGAUGGAUCUCCUCCUUCACACUCCUGCUUCACCGGACUGUUCUCCUGAUACGUAGUGUGCUCGUCUGUGUGUGUUUGUGUUGGCAUUCUUGCCUCUGUGUAGCUGGAAUCGAUUUUUGCCGUUGGCGUCCAGCGCUAAGCCAAAACCACAGAAUGUACAUCAGGUAAUGGUAGCUGUGCAGGCCAUCAAUCUGCGGGUUUCCCCUCUGCUUUGUGGUGUGAUUGACAAACAAUCCAAGUUUCCCACAAAGUCUGCAAAGAACAGAGAAAUAAUACGAGCAUGCUGCGACACUUUGCACUAUACCUCAGUCACCAAAUGUCUCGUAGACACCAAAGAACACAUCAGACUUCAGGUCAGCUUUAGUUCUUAAUGUGACGGUGUUACUGAAUGUGUGGCUUUUUAUCACACGUCAUCCUCUGAGUACUGAGCUCUUUUUAUUAUUUCAUUAUGUGCUGAUUUUCUCUUCUUUUACCACAUUUUAGAAAAUUGGAAAGACAGUCAGACGCUUUCUUUUUUUUUUACCUUGAUCUUUUAUUGAACACAUUUCUGUAUUACGCUCAUCACCCGCUGACAUUUCUGACUCCUCGGAAAGAAGCAUUCUGUUUGAAAAUGUAUUAACAAAAUGGCCCAUUUUUCAAGCCCUUUCCAAGUGAGAUUUGGUUAAGAAGAAAAUGUACUUCAGGGCGCUGUAUGGAGUUUUAUGGGAUAUGUGAACCAAGCGUUACUGGGACUGAAACAGAACCAAUAAUUUAUGGCAUUAGUAUGUGAGGAUAUUGGGCUGACAGACGUGCCACCAGUUCUGUGGAAUAUUUUGUUAAAAGGUGUGUGAACCUCUAUUUAUGCAAGGCAAUAAAAAGAAAGCUUCACAAACACAUUGUAGAUCCCAGAGGUUUGAAGAUACGAGGCAUAAAUCUCUUCUGUUCA